GGGGCCAUGGCCGCCGACGUGUUCAUGCGGCCGGCGCGGCUCCUCGGGGCGGCGGGGCCGCUGUCCCCCCGCACGGAGCCCGACGAGGACUCCUCGGACACGGACGAUGGGGGAACGUCGCCGGGCGGAGGGAGGCGGUGCGGGCCGCGGCGGGGGCAGCCCCCGGGCCCCCAGAUCAUCCACUCGGGCCACUUCAUGGUCUCGUCACCUCACAGCGAGCACCCGCCUAAGAAAGGCUACGACUUCGACACGGUCAACGAGCAGACCUGCCAGACGUACCAGUUCGGGGCAGCCCGCGGCGGCGGCGGCGCCGGGGGCCGCCUCAGCAUCGACGCCUCCCUCACGAAGCUCUUCGAGUGCAUGUCCCUGGCCUACAGUGGGAAGCUGGUUUCACCAAAAUGGAAAAAUUUUAAAGGCUUGAAACUUCAGUGGAGAGAUAAAAUCCGUCUCAAUAAUGCCAUCUGGAGGGCAUGGUACAUGCAGUACCUGGAGAAGCGCAAGAACCCAGUGUGCCACUUUGUGACCCCCCUGGAUGGUUCUGUUGAUGUCGAUGAACAUCGUCGGCCAGAGGCCACUGCAACAGAAGGGAAAUACUGGAAAAGAAGAAUUGAAAUAGUCAUCAGGGAAUACCACAAGUGGAGAACAUACUUCAAAAAAAGGUUACAGAAACAUAAAGAUGAAGAUCUUUCAAGUUUGGUCAGGGAUGAUGAUGUGGUUCUCUGGCAAAAGAGAAGGUAUGGCAGAGAAACCCCUGUCCCUAUGGAGGAAGACAGCCUCUUGGAUGCAGAUAUGCUUAUGUCUGAGUUCACUGACACACUGUUCUCCACACUGUCUUCACAUCAGCUUGUUUCCUGGCCAAAUUCCAGGGACAUAGCACACUUAGGAAAUGCUGACAUGAUUCAACCAGGGCUUAUUCCACUCCAACCAAAUUUUGAUUUUAUGGAUACUUUUGAGCCUUUUCAGGAUUUAUUCACUCCCAGUCGUUCCAGUAGUUAUUUCCCUUCUGUGUCUGCUGUCAGCUCGGCUACAACAGACAGCAGCAGCCAUUCUUCCCAGUCUCCUGUCCUGCCCUCGGGUUCGUUGCCCAGCACGCUUCCAGCAGGGAACAUCAGUGAUGGACUGAUUGCUUCCUCAGUACCUGCUCCUGUCAUUCCUGAGGUUGGCACUGAGCAGUGUUCUGGCAUUAGAAGUGGGGGAUCUUUCAUCCAGCCAGCAGACUUCACUCCCGACUCGUCUCUUAGUGGGCCACAAACUUUCAUGCCAGUGUUUCAGACACCCCUGCCACUGCUUCAACCUGCAGCACAACAGCACCAGUCCCCGUUGCCUGCAGUGCCUCUGAACUCCAGCUUAAGCUCUUCACCAGCUGCGUUUGCUGCCCCAGAAACCCAGAAGAUUGGCCUCUGUGAAUCUACAGUUAUCACCCACACAGCUUCUGCCACCUUGACCCACAACGCCCCCGCCACCACCUUCAGCCAGAGCCAGAGCCUCGUCCUGGCGACGCAGCAGCAAGGUGCAGGAGUGCCUUGUAACCUGGCUUUCCAGACUACUGUCCUGCAGGGGCAGCCCCGGCCCCAGGUGCAGUCCCAACUGACAUUUGCACUCCCCAAAGCUGUUCCUCUGGCCAGUGCUGGGACAAGGCCCAAACAGUCACAAAAAAUAGUGCCUCCUCCGAAGCCUGAAACAGUGUCCUUAUUGGUAAAGAAUGCCUUCAUCACCCCAGCUGCCUUUCAGGGACAGUCCAGAGCUGUGAUUGUAACUCCAGCACCUUUAAAAAGAGAAGGGAUUUUGACGCCAGCCACGUCUCAGUCUAAUGUUGCAAUUGCACCAGCUGGAAUUGUCAGAGCUCCCAGGGUGACGGAAUUCCGUAGUAACAUUCUGGUUGGUCCAGCACAGCGAGCACCAAGUAGUCAACAAACCCAGUCCACAGUCUCACAUCUCUUCUCUCCUAGUGUAGUCCAGGAUGCCUUGGUGAAAGGAGAGCAAAUCCCUUCCCACAGUAGCAGUUCACAAGUUCCCUCACCUACACCCAGCAGAGACUGUCAGAAUUCAGGCCAAGCUUCCCCCUGCACCUCUGAGCAGAGCCCCAGUCCACAGUCUCCCCAGAACAACUGCUCAGGAAAAUCUGCCACUGACUCUAAUAUGGCUGCACUUGAGAAUCGAAGGAUGAGGCGCAUUUCGGAACAGAAACGAAGGUCUAAUAUCAAGAUUGGUUUCAGUACUCUGAACAGCUUGGUUUCAGCCAACUCCAUGUUGAUCAGCCAUGCAAUCACGCUCCAGAAAACAGUAGACUAUAUCGCUAAACUGCAGCAGGAAAGAACACAGAUGCAAGAGGAAACCAGGCGCCUGCGGGAAGAGAUCGAGGAGCUAAACGCUGCCAUCAUUUCUUGUCAACAGCAGCUCCCUGCGACUGGGGUUCCCGUAACACGGCAGCGAUUUGACCACAUGAAGAAGAUGUUUGAUGAGUAUGUGAGAAGCAGGACCCUGCAGAACUGGAAGUUUUGGAUUUUCAGCAUUAUUAUUAAGCCAUUGUUUGAGUCCUUCAACGGGAUGGUUUCCACAACAAGCUUUAAGGAUCUGAAUCAAACUGCAAUGGCCUGGUUGGAUCAGCACUGUUCUCUUCCUGUUCUGAGACCAAUGGUGCUGAACACCCUCCGGCAUCUAAGUACAACCACCUCAGUUCUGUCAGAUCCAUCAUGCCUGCCAGAGCAAGCUGCUGAGGCAGUGAGCAAGAUGAACAAAACAGCUGGCGAAACCUAACAACCAAAGACACUGAGUUGCUUAUCCAAGGGGUGGAGAACCUGCCAGCCUAGCAGCCUGGCACAUCUCCUUUCAGUUGGUGCACUUUAGAAAGAAUUGUUUCCAUCACCCAAGACGUUCAGGGCAUCUGGCUCUGCCAUCAGAAUAUGUGCAAGUAAUAUGCAACGUUGUCAUAACGUUCUGAUUCCACCUCAGUGCUGUGCUGUACUCCGUUCAAGUGAGAAAACACCAAGCUCAGGUAAAUCCAGCAGGUCUGAGUCCUGCAGGCAGCAAUAUAACUCCAUCAAUGCAGCAUGCAUCUGUAUGCAACAAACAUAUUUCUAUGAAACAGCUCAAAGUACUCUCUGAAGUGUAAAUCUUGUACACCAAGGAAUGUUCUCUUAAAGGGGGAAAUACACUUUUGAUUUUGUGAAACAAAACCUGCUUUUUAUUUUGUUUCCUGGUAUUCAGUUCCUUUUGUUUUACUUGAACAGUGAAAGUCAUUAAACAAGAGCAUAUUAAAAACCAAAGGAGAAGAAAAAUCCAUCUAUGAUGUCAGCUCAUGGCAAAAAAUACUAAAAUUAAAAUCUCAGGCUGUGUUUUGUGUAUUUUUAUUUUAAUGAGUGUAUCAGUGCGUAUGAUCACUUUCAAGACAUGCUUUAUUUUCUAGCAAAUAAAGUAGCUGAUUUUUAUUACUUUUCCUGAUAUAGCCAUUGCAAAUGAAUAGCAGGCUGUGCAGUAAGUGCAAGAAAGCAGUUUUAAAUUGUAUAAAUUCUGUGCUUAGGAUAGCUAGAUGAAUUUUCAUACUAAUUUAAUCUGUGAACUGUUUUCUUGUACUCUGCAGAGUUCAGCUGCCUUCCUCAUAAAACGUGUGUGUGUAAAACACAUCCACAGGUCAAUGUAGUAAUGCUUCAGAGACAAGCAAUGAGUUUGUAAUGUUGAGAAACUGGCUUUUUUGUUAUUUCAGGCACUGUAUCAAACCACAUGGACUUGUAGUCAGUUCUUUGCUUCUAGGGUUGGACCAGAUUGAUCCUUGAGGUCCCUUCCAACCUGACAUUCUCUGAUUCUAUGAUUGAUUCUAUAAUUCAUCUUUUUUUUUGCUUGUUCUUUUUGCCUUCUAUCUGAAAAACCUGAAGGACUUGCCUAAUUUGGUCUGUAUGGGAAGGUAAUGUUCAUCAUUAAUUAUAAAACUUGAAAGUGUAAAACCUGAACUACUGCGUAACAUUUUUCUGUGGCAGUCUGAGCAAGUACUGUGCUCUGCUGCAGAUAAACUUUGUCUCAUUACAUCAGUGACAGCCUGUCCAUCCUGAGACAGCCCUGGGAUAUUCAUUCCAGAUGUUGCUCAUAGUCUGGAGUCAUCCUGUGACCCUUAGGAUUCCACUCGUUAUUUGAUUCUGCUUUUUAAGAGCAAUGCAAACUGUGGAUAAUUUGUCCCUUGUACCUCCUCUGAAUAGUUCUCUCCCAGUUUCAGAAGCAGGCUGCCUGGAGGUGCUUAGCAGGCUGUCCCAGUGCUAAAAGGAGCAGGUAAAUCAUGUGGGCAUUGCACAUGCUGGAAUGGGCUCAGUAGCUUCUCCCUUGGGGGACGUAGUUUUUCUCUGCCUUCUUUCCAACCUUCUCCACUUGCUGGGCCAAAGUUUAAAAUAAAACAGUAGGUUUGGGGAGUGGGAAUAAGCAUGGGGAGUAAUUUUCUGUCUUCCUGAGAUUUUGCAGCUAAUGGCUUUCAUUGCAGAGUUGACUCCUGUGUGAGCAGGGCUGUAGCAAGAUGAAAGCAGUGAAGGUUUAACCCCAGGGCCCUCUCCCUGAGCAGAGGUACUGUGGGUUGAGGAACUGGGGGCUGGGGGGGAACUGCUGGGGGUAAGGAGAAGAAGGGGAAGACAAAACAGUAUGAUCCAAGUACCAGCAUGCCUUUCUGUAGGUGUGCAGACAGAUGAAGAGAUGCUCUUUUCUUAAUUUUUAUUUUUUAAAUUUUGACAGUAGAUCUGACUUAACCAUUUGGCAUUUGUGGCACAUGUGAAAACUCGUGUCCUUGUGACAGAACCAAGAAAAAUUCAAGCCUCAGCUAAGGAACAGUUUCUUGAACCAGUGUAUAAAGGUUGUCAUUAGUGAUUAAAUAGUGAGUAGAUUUUGGUGGGGAGAUUUUUAUCUAGGUUUUUCAUACAUAAUUUUACAAUAAAUGAAGCAAUAUUCUUUCAGAUGCAUCAGGGUAAAAACUGUUGAAUCAAAUUUGUAAAUUUUUUUUUCCAAAUCAGUGCUUUAAAUCCUCCCAUUUAUCACUGAUUGUCAACUUGAUUCCAGUGAACUCAUUUAACACUGUGAUUAGCUGGGGGGUGUCCCUCAAGCUCUUUCUUGACUGGGCUAUCUCAUGGAGAUGCAGAGAUAUCUCCUGCCUGUUUGCAUGCUCAGAAUAUGUAUCCGGUUUUCUAGAAAGAAAUCAGUAGGCAAAUUGUCCAAGAACAAACUCACUUGUGUUUCUGCUGUACUUUCCAGAUGAAAAGAUUUUGUUAUGCCUCCCUUGCAGUGUGGUCUCCUGCUUGCCAGGCAAUGACUUGGCUUCAUUUUUACCUUGUUCUCAUUACUAUGAAUGACAUGAAGAGUUUUGUCUCAAGCAGCCAAGUGCACUAGAAGUAUUUUUCAAAGCCCAGGGAGAUCUGACAGCUUCUAAGCUUAAAUCCUGACAUCUCAGAUCUCACUGAAUGGAUUGGAAACUGAAAGGGACCAUAAAGUAAUAGGAAGGGGUGGUGUGAUUGAACUGCUAAAAAUUUUGCCCAUCAGCAGUUUUUAUCUGCACUUGGAGGGAACAAAAUAUACUCAUUGCACCAUGGUUACAAUUGGAGGUAAAGUGCUUAUUCUAAUACCUUGUGGUGGAGAAACAAGAUCAUGGCACUAUUUAAAGCUCAUAAAUCUUAAUAAAUAGAAAAAAAAACUAAAUGAAGGAUUGCUUACUUCAGAAAGAGUGUAGGAGGGAAGAGAGGAAAAGUGAAAAGAUCCCUUCCAUGUGGGGCAGUUACUAGAAAUGAUGUGGCAGAUCUUUGAAGCAGUGAUUCAGUGUUUUUUAGUUUGGUUUUUAUUUUGUCAGCCUGUUCUUGCAAAUCAGAAUUCUUUUAUCAGUUAAUCUUGUGAGAGGUGUGAUUUCACUUCUUUUGGGAACAGGAGGAAAAAGCUGUGUUAUGUCUCACAUCUGCACAGUAGAAGUACUGAGGAUUGAUAUGAAAACAGAUUGACCACGUAUGUAUCAGUUCCUGCUCAGAUUUCCACUUUGGUUUUGUUUCAUGUUCUUAGUCUCUUUCUUACUCACUGGGGAGUCUAGAUACUGUCUUUAAAAAAAAAACAAAACCAAAAAAAAAAAAAGCAACAACACAACAUGUAUUGAGUAACACUUUGCCCUUUAAUUUAAGCAGUCUGAUUUCCUCAGUGUCACCAAAGGAUUCUUAAGCAAGCAAAACACACUGUGCCUGUAGUCUACACAGAUUUCCAGAUGAUGCAAGUCUGUCUGCAGUGAAUUGGUGCUAAAUGUAUAAAGAACAUUUAAUUGAAUACGAAUCAUGAUCAGUCAAAGCUGACAUAUUUCACUCAGUAAGGGAAUAAGUGAGAUAAAAUACUUAUGGCCUGUGAUCUGCACAAAGUCAAACUGAGAUUGUCUUAAUGGUUCCUUCUGAACUUGAAUUCUAUUGAUCAGUAUAUUGUAGGUGGCCCCCACCCCAAACACAAGUUCUGGAGAAUUUGUGCAUUAUUUCAUCUGCUUAUUAGGCUUGUAUGAUGCUGCUUGUUAGCAGGAGGACUAAACAGUACAAGUCCAGGAGCAAAGUAGACUAGAAGGAAAUAAUGAGUGGGAACAGAGAAAAGCCCAUGCUUCAUCUUGGCAGUCUGAUCUCUGCACAAAACCAAAGGAUUCUGUGUUAAUUCCAUUUGACCCAACUGACCAUGUUCUUCCAUGCUUUUCUAGACCCCACAGGAAGCUUUUCUUGAAGGGAAACUUACUAGAAUGUUUCCAUCUGUGCCUUAGAUCUUGGCAUUUGGUGAUAGGUGCAUUUGAUUUAUCUGAAAUCACUCAUUCUUCCCCUUAAUAAAACACUCUGGAAAAUUCAGUGAAUUCAUAAAGUGGGGCUUCCCUGGGUUUUAAGGUUUUUUUUUAAUCUGUGUGGCAUUACUGUGUCCCUUUGAAACUGAGGUUGUGAAAAAUUGUGUGUGUGUGGAAAAAAAUUGCUGCUUUCCUGCUGACUUCACCACCCUUCACUCCCAGGCACAGACACACACGUGCACACACGUGUUCCCUCUAUCAUACCAGAAGCUGGACAGAAACCCAGCAAAUACCCAAAUGCUUAAAUCUCUCAAUCUCUCCUAGAAUGGCUUGAAAAGACAAAGGGCUGUUACCUGGCAUUAAAAAAUGCCAUCCCUUCAAUUUCUGUCUUCAGCAGCUUUUACAUUCCCUUUGGAGUGUGUGUCUAUGGAUGUGUGGCAGAGGUGACAGGGGCAGGUGGAUUUUUGGGUUGUUUGCUUUUAAAAUUCCAAACUCCUGACAAAACAGUUUGAGAGCAGGAGAGGGAAGCUCACUGCAAAAACGUUAUUUGAAAGCUGUUUCACUUUCUGUGUUUCUGGAGUGGAUGAUUCGUGCCUCAACGUUGCCAACUAGGAGAUAACUGCUGAAAACAGAAUUGUUAACUAUUGUGAGUUCCUUUUUUCUUUCUUGGUAUCUCUUCUUUCAUUGCAUAAAAAAACCCACCCCAAAUCAAAAGUCUAACCCUGGUUUAGGAGCUUUUAAGGAUUCAGUCAUCAGAGGACUGUGGACAAUUGUUGAUGACUUUUAAGAGGUUUGACAACAGGAGAUUUCCUAUUAUUCCUUCUCAGUUUAUACACCUGAGUUUCAGAGGUAAUUUGUUUGGUUUUGUCCUUUAUAGUGCCCCAGUCUGGUUCUCACAACAUCAGCUAAGGCCUCAGGUUUUCUUUUGUUCCAUUCUUGGUUGUAUUUCAUCCUCAUUUGCUGUGAACAGAAUUGGUAGUACCAAAUAGUAUCUUGAUCAGUAAAACUUGAUCCAGUUACAGAGCAUCACAUUUCUGGACUUUUAUAGCAUGACUUUCUAGUCAUGGUCUGAAUUGCUUUUAUAUCUGAACUUUUCCACCAUGAAUAAGGAUUUUAAUCAAAAAAUAUCAAUGUUAGGAGCAAGCCUUUUAGUUCAUACAAUUAAUAAAUUGUUCUUUUUUUUCUUCUACCUUGUAUUUAAAUGUGUUUUAAGUGAGUGGAGUUCAUUCUUGUUUUUUU